GCCGCCCGCUCCUUCCACCACGCGCCGCACUUUUAGUAUGACCGGGUCAGUAGCUCAUCAUGUACGACCUACCACCUCUACCCGUACGGCCGCCCGCUCCUUCCACCACUCGCCGCACUUCCAGUAUGACCGGGUCAGUAGCUCAUCAUGUACUACCUACCACCUCUACCCGUACGGCCGCCCGCUCCUUCCACCACGCGCCGCACUUUCAGUAUGACCGGGUCAGUAGCUCAUCAUGUACGACCUACCACCUCUACCCGUACGGCCGCCCGCUCCUUCCACCACGCGCCGCACUUCCAGUAUGACCGGGUCAGUAGCUCAUCAUGUACUACCUACCACCUCUACCCGUACGGCCGCCCGCUCCUUCCACCACGCACCGCACUUCCAGUAUGACCGGGUCAGUAGCUCAUCAUGUACUACCUACCACCUCUACCCGUACGGCCGCCCGCUCCUUCCACCACGCGCCGCACUUCCAGUACGACCGGGUCAGUAGCUCAUCAUGUACUACCUACCACCUCUACCCGUACGGCCGCCCGCUCCUUCCACCACGCGCUGCACUUCCAGUAUGACCGGGUCAGUAGCUCAUCAUGUACGACCUACCACCUCUACCCGUACGGCCGCCCGCUCCUUCCACCACGCGCCGCACUUCCAGUAUGACCGGUUUAACGUGCAGACGGGCAACGGCGGCGAGGGCUACGGCGCGGCGGCCGGCGUCAGCAGCGGGUCGGCCUCGUCCGGCGCGCAGUCCCCGGGCUCCCCGCCGCACGCGGCGCACCUCCGCGCCAAGGAGGAGCUGUCCGCGCCCGGCCGCGCCAGCGCCGACGGUGGCGGAUCAUCAGAGUCGGAGGGCGAGUGCGCGGCGCACGGACGCGCGCGGGCGCAGUACGUCAGCGCCAACUGCGUCGUGUUCACGCACUACUCGGGCGACGUCGCCGCCGUCGUCGACGAGCACUUCGCCAGGGCCCUCGCCGCCGACAAGCCUAAAGAGAGUGUCCCGAUGGUGUCCCGAAACCUCCCUGCGUCCUUCUUCAACGCGGCGGCCGGCGCGGCCUGCGGCGUCGAUCUGUACGACUACGACCCGUGGCAUCAGCACUACUCCGGGUAUGUGUCCCUUGUUGUCCCGAUGGUGUCCCGCAACCUCCCGACCUCCUUCAACGCGGCGGCCGGCCCGGCCUGCGUCGUCGACCUGUACGACUACGACCCGUGGCAUCAGCACUACUCCGGGUACGGUCACGCGGCGCACCGACACGCGGCGGAGUACCACGCGGCGGCGGCGGCGCAGGCCGCGCAGGCGCACAACAUGGCCGCCGCCGGCUACCCGCCGCUGCUGCUCGGCCGCUCGCCCCUGCACGCGCAGUACAAGCCCGUGGAGUGGCAGCACUCGCUGGAGCACCACGCGCCGCACGCGCCGCACGCCGCGCACGCCGCCUGCUCGCCCUACUCCUACCCCGCGGUGCCUGGUCUGGAAGCGCAGGUGCAGGACACAUCCAAGGACCUGUACUGGUUCUGAGAGUCCGCCGGGCCUGCCGCACACUAGUGCCCUCGCGUAGUGAGCCCACCGCCCGCUAUCGCCCACCAGCAGUCUUCACGGGACCUGUACAAGUGUGCCCCUCACCCGGCAGCGAGCCCACUGUCUGACGCCAAUCUAACCACCAUGGCACCCUGGGAUGGCACAGCUGAACGCUGCAGCGGCGGAUAGUUUUUGGGAAAAGCUCUCCUGAACCUGAAUUGCUGCGAAGACGCAAAACUCUGAACAUUGACUGUGUGUUUCUAGUGUAGUGUGUAAUGGACAAUAGGACGCUGGAUGCAGGUUUUCAAGUGCGUGUAUGUCAAAAUUGUGUUAUAUUGUCAAGUGACAAGAUAUUUCGUGUUAUAUCACGCCGCGCCGCUUCCGUUAGAGAAUUUGGUGCAGUCUUAUCCAGUGUCGUGUAAACUGCGUCCGCCUCGCUCAGUUGCAUUGUAUCUUUAUAUUUAUCACUUUGAAUUGAAAACGAACGACUUUCGCCUCAUUAGCCUUUUCUAAAGCACCUCGUGCCUCGUAGUUUAGGAUUACAUUAAAUACUUGUAUCCGGAGAUCUGGAGCAGGUCGAUAUUGGUAGAACAAGCUGUUGAUGAUAAUGAUGUGGAUAAUAAACAGAGCUUACCUAAAAUAAUAACGGAAUCUUGAGGAUUUGAGAUGGUCAGGCUUGCUGGUUUAAUAGGAAAGAUAAAGCAUUUGUUCCAUUUGUACAUCAGUAAGUAGGACCGGAUGAUAAAUCGUAUCUUGAUCUCGCCAUAAGGCCUACCAUCAUAGGCUCGCGCGGGUGACGAGUAUGGAUGGCAGGCGCAGGUGGCGGCGCGCACUGCGCCCGUAAAUUGCCAGAUAAUGAGGGUUUUUGUGUUGCGACCCUCACUUAUAAAUAUUAAACUUAUCGGAACGCGCUACGAUCAUAUUAUACGUUUCUGUCACCCACGAUGUGGAAAAUAUCUGUUUUUUAGACAUCGCAUGAAUUGCAACUGCGAGGCGUCAUUUACCUUUGAAUUAGAUGCACGAGAGUUAUGAGUGCAUUAUAACAGCGCAUGCGAUGUUUAUAUCCCAUCCGUCUUAACGGAUGUUUGCUGGCGUGAUGAUUAUCUUUUCUAAAGUGCUGCGCGCGGUGCAAUAAAUCGUUGCAAGUAUACCGAACGUGUCAGUUUCAGUGAUGUGAUGGUUUGCUGAUUUCACCUUGAGACGGUCGUUCACUGGCGACAUCACUUCGCCGUUUCCAUUCGAACUGAAUUUAAAUUAAUUGUCUCGGCGGGCAGGCGCAGUUCCACAACACUAUGUAAAUAUAUCGUUUAGUACCCAUAUAAAUAUUUAGAUACGACCUACUUAUUUAGCGAUACCUAGAGUUAUGAUUUGUACAUACUAUAGAGCAUAGAUUUACUUAGAAUAGGUAAGAAUAGAUGAUAUGUGAUAGGUGAAACGCGUACGGAAAAUGCGAAGCGCGAGUCGCCAGAGCGCGCGAUAUAGAUCGUUACUCAACCCAGUUCUAAACUCAGGAAACAAUAAAGUAACAGUAAAUUGAGCAGUUAUUUCGAGUGAUCGAAGCAAGAUAGGCGUCGUCUCACGGCUCGCUCGGGUAUCAUUAGUUUGGGCGAGUCACGGCGGUAUCAGAUCGCGUGUAAGAUGCUAUCGCUAUCAGUGGUCGGAUAAUGCGGAGGAUGAGUGAUGUCGGGCGCCGUGGGGCCGCGGGGGGCCGCGGGGCGCCGCCCCGGGAGCCCCGCCCGUGGGACACGGAACGAACAUGUCGGCAGCAUUGUUACAUGGCAUUUAAUUACUCUUAACUAAAAAACUUAAUGGGUAACGUCCGUUUUUCAAAAUGAUAUUGAUACUUGUUUAUAAAUAAGGCGUUGCUCGUGUUCACACAUAGAAAAUAUUUUACAACCAUAUAGCCUCGAUAUGUCUACACUUAUUGUAGCUUCUAAACACUCGCGUAUAUCGCAUGGUAGACAAUAAAGCAUUGACACUAAGUAUUUAAAAAGUUUGGGAUGCCUUAUCGUGUGUUAUAACAGUUGGACCAAGCUAACUCUGCACGACAUUUGCAAAAGACAACGUGUGGCUAUAUCAUCAUUAAUGUUAUAUUUUAAUGAAAAUAUGACGUUCAUAAUGACACUCUUCAUUCUGUUUUGUUAAAGUCGAUGCAAAGUUAGUUUAGACGGAAGCUAAGUUCGUUGCGCCGGCGCCGGCGGCUCGCGCCGACCCACUCGUACAGGCUGUACAUAGACGUGCAAUAAUAUUACAAUACCCACGUAUACCAGCCAUGUCAGGUCAGACAUGCUCAACCAGGUGUAUUAGUUGGCUAGUAGCAAACGUAUACUGUGCUUAAUAUAAAUAUAUACACAUUAGACCCACAUUAUUGUGUCCAAGAAAAAAACAUGUUAAAAACAUCUAAUUUUUGGAAAAAUUAAGUUAUGAAUAUAUUUCAAAAAGUGUGAAAUUAAAGUUCAUCGGUCCGAUCCUCAGUAUUUUGUCAAAUUUCUGUGAAAAAUAUGUAUGCUGAGCUCAUAAUGUAUAGUAUUUACUGUUUGAGAAAACCCGCCAAUUCUGUUCAUGGAUUGUUAUGACGUUGCUUCGCCGCGUCAUUUUCAUCUUGUUACAGUAGAUGUCGCUAUGCGCCUCCCUGAGGCGUGUCAAUAAAAGGAAGGAAUGGAAUAAUUCGCACGCUUCUGGUAAACUUCAGUAACUCAGUUGCUUAAGAGCGAUCGGACCGGUGUGCCAAAUGGUCGGAAGUUCGAAUCUUACCCGAAGUGGUGACUUUUUAAAUUCUUCCUUAAUUUAAAAAUUUGCAUCAUACUUGUCUGAUUACAUAAUGUUGAAAGAAAUGCAAACAGAACCCGAUAACAUAACAAGCCACGAAGUAAAUUGCUGGGUAAAGAAUCAAGAAAGAUUGUGUUCGUAGAUUCCAUUGUUACGGAUCGUUCUGACGCGAGGGCUGCUGGACGUUCAUCCUAGACUUAGGACGUGACCUUGUGUCUCUAAACCAUUAUGCCUAAUCACAUAUAGGAACUUCCUACUUACUAGUACAUACACAAAUGAGUAGUUUACUAAUUAAAGCAGAACCAAGCUAACUCUGCGUGCUGCAUGGCGUUUGCAACGAAAACGUGUGGCAAUGCCACUCGUCACGUUCAAGUAGAUACCCUAGAUGGACUCUAAACCACUCAUUUAUGUUUGUAAUUUAUUAUUAAUGCUAUAUAGAAGUUUUUGUGCAAUUUAUCGGAUGAACUUCCAGUAACCGGUCAUCUCGUUAAAAUUAUAUGAUUAAUAAAGAAAUUGUGCUUAGCACUUGUAACAUUAAUGCGUUAGUGAGUUAAAACUAUACAAAAGUAAUAAAGAAAUGAUUUGGUUAAAGUGAUUAUUGUCGGCUCCGCCAAUAUCUUGCGCUUUAGUAUUUACCACACAAGACACGUAAGAAUGGUGUCAUACAUAAUAUGUAUGUGUUAUAUUAUAAGAACGGUAGGUGGCUGCCGUUAAGUAUAAUGCUAGACCAGGUCGGCCAACCGCAGCUCGUGAGCCGUAUGGUUUGUGGCGCCUUUAAAUCACUCAAAAAUGUAACAAAGUGUAUUUAGACCACGCAAAACCUCGUAUAUAUAAUAGAUAUGUGGUUCUUUAAGGUUCCUGAAACUGAUGUUUAUUAUGCGGUUGGCUCUUCUGAAGUCUGUCGGCUUCUGUGCUAUCAUACAAUGCCAGCAACAUCAUUUCGAAACGACACUAAUUGUUAUCAAUGUUUCAUAAUGUAAUCGACCCUUUUAAUAUCAAUGGGGUUGGUAACUGUCAAAGAUUUGUAUAGAUAGCGACAGCAUUGGUUUUAACUGUCUAUAGAAUUGUUCUAUUUGGCUUAAGUCUUAAAAUAUUCUAGCUCCAUCUGUAAAAUACUUCUAUCGGCCAACCCCAUUGAUGCGCGCCGACGGCCGGUGUGGAGUUGAUAUUAGGCAGCUGGCCGACGACCCGUGGCGGGGCCGGACUUUCCCGGGCCUGUAAGUAGACGCAUUAUUUAAAUAUACAUUUUGAAAACUC